AUAGGAAAUUCCAUUGGAGCCAACAAAUUCCAAGUCACAGGGUAUUAUGACAAUAUUGGUAUUCAAGGCGGUUUAGUAAAUAAUAUGAGAACAUGCUUGGGCAAUAUGUUACAAGGAGUUUCGAGUCUCGUAGGAUACUCGUCCGAAGAUGAGAACCCCAUAUUGAGCACGCCCAAAAUCAUCUCUUAAGAAGGGAUGACGAUGACACCGAGAUCGCCACGAGGCCUACACGCGCCAACAUCGCAUCCGUGUGUUUCCUUCAGUUUUUCGAUAUUGGAUGGUAAAGCUGACGUCAUCGUGGAUAACCCGACGAAAACGUUUUUUUUUUUCUUUUCUUUUCGAUACUUGAAUGCCACAACAGCGAUAAUUAUGAAAUUAUCGAAGCACAAGCUUGCCCUAACUGCGCGGCAUAUCGCUAUCGCUUUGAAUUUGAGAAUCUUUAUAAGCAUAUAUCGCCAAAUAAGAUUAAGUGUAACGUAAAUAAUUAUCUAUGUUGAAGGAAAAGUCUAUUGUUUUAUUCGUCUUUAUAUUGGAAGAUGUGGUAAACCUUGCUUGAAUUCAUUUUUUUCCUUCAUUCCCUUGCUUUUUUUGAAGGAAAGUCCUUAAUCAAGACUGAAAAAAUACAAGUUGAGCCAAUAGAAAUAACAACAUUUUGGAAAAUUCCGUCUUUCCGCUCCUCGAACAGAUACACAACGGUGUAUGCUUGGUCGUACAUAAUCGAUCUGCAUACUUUCUUCGUUCUUUGUUUAAAAGAUCGAGAAACGUGAAAUUCAAAACUACCUUCUUUAAUCUUCUAAAUGCUUUUCGCUCGGGGUUGUGUCAACUCUUUACCGUACGGCUUAGUAAUUGGACACCGCGAGAUUUGCUCUCGAAAGUUUUUGUCGUCAGGACCAUGAUUUCGAAGGAUCUUUGUGGUCCCUCUCAUGGAUUGUUCAAGAUCCAUCUUUUGCGAUCGUAGAUGACCGAUCGGCCGGCAGGCGUUUCGUAUACAUACAAAUGUGUACGAUCGAGCGAAGAAAUACGGAAAAGAAAGAAAGUAUUCUCAGAGAGGAAUCGUGCAUUUUUGAGAAGGGCGUGUCACUUAGCAAUGCCCAAUAAAUGAAAAGGAAAGGAAAGAUGCUUGUGCUAAGACCGGAAAUAUGCAAAUCUCGAAAAGUCUGUUGGCAAAACUUACGGCCGGUGGUCCAUGACCGAAGAUAAAUCUUAAGUUGACUAAUUACCGAGAUGCCCCGUCGUUUUUCCUUAAUAUCUUCUAGGUUACUAGGUUCCUUUCCUUAAUGUUCUUCUUCGUUUCUUUUCUUUUUUUUUCUCUUUAAUCCUUCUUUUCGAUUAAUUCUUCAAAUCGUCCCGACCUCCGUCAAAUGCAUCUUUGCGUGAAUGUACGUAACAUAUUAAAAAUUAUGGAGCGCAAGAUGAUUUAUUGAAAGAAAAUAAAUAUUGUAGAAGAAAUGUCUAAUGUUGUCGACUUUAUAUACUGACUAUGCCUUGCAUAAUGAUCAAAGCUUAGAGCAAAUUAUAAAGAAAUACUUUUACGUCGUUUAAUUGUUAGGAAUAUCUCGUUUUUACGGGAUAGUCAUUCUUGCUUAAUAUCUAAGCAUUCUACAUUUUUAAACGUCCUUAAGUAUAUAUGUUCAUUAUCGGAAAGUUAUACGAAAAUUCUUAUGCAAUACGCCAACGACUUAGAUAUUACUUAAGAAAAGAAAAUUUGUCCCUAACAAGAUUGUGUUUUUACGAAUUAUCCGUAAAACUUCACGGCCCACCUUCCUUGCCCUUUUCUUUAUAACUCCAUUGUCCCUUUCUAUUAUUAGGAAAAUCCAUAGGUAAUUGCUGCGUAAUUCCUUCUUCCACUUUUUCACAUAUAAGUUUUGAACGUAAUUGGAAUCAUUUAUAUAAUCAUUAAAUAUCACAAUCGACGAUAAGACGUAAUCGAGGGUACGUAAUUGUGACAUUUUUUUGAUUCAAUGCGUUACGGUCAGCAUUUACGGCAUCAAAAUCGUCGAAUUGCGAUAGGGAAUUAUCUUGGAAAGUGAGCUAAGAAGCAAUAACAGAUUGUAGAUAACGAACGACGGAAAGAAAGUUUUCGAGAAGCUAUUGAAAAAUCACGUAGGCGCUAUUGUCAUCGAAAAUGCGAAUCGAAGUGCUUCGUCUUUACGGCGUACGCGGAGCGUACGGCCAAUGGAAAAUAUGAUUAUCGCAGACGCAAAAAGGAAGCACGGUUAAAACUGGGAGAAGUAAACAGGGUAACCAGGGUCGUAGGGGACCCGCCGUUCACAUUCGCAUUUCAAUGCGAAUUGGAAUGUGAGAGGAAGAAACGGGGAGGAGAAAUUUAUAAACAAACACAGACAGGUUUCUCCUCUUUUUUCCUUUUCUCAAAGUGAUGAGAUGCAACUCGCGACAAUGAAUAAAUUUAUCGUUAUCAUAUAACGGGAAAGAUAAGGAUUCCGCGAUCUCUUACUUUCGGUCAGAUCGGAAAGUAAACGAAAGAUUUACGAAGAAAGAUCUAGGACCAGAGAGAUUUGGGAGAGAAAAAAAAAGAGGGAUUAUUUUGCUCGACAUAUGCUCGAGAAGAAGGAGGAUUCAUCGAAUAAGAAUGAAGUCUGUUAAUUCGUGAAACACAAGUCCGAAGAAGAAGAUAGAUGUUCUAUCGGUCAUAAAUCACAAAAACGCGAAUAAAGAAACGACGUAUUAUUACCAAUGGAAAAACGUGGUAGGAGGGCUUACGAGCGAGCGAAAGGGUUGAACGCAGGAUAUUUAAUGAGUUCCUCGACCUGGAACAACGUGACGUCCUAUUGCAGCUAAGAAAAUUUUCGUCUCUCAACUAUGGAUUUUCGUGAUCUCCUCGCUAUUGCGUGAAAUUUAAAAGGAUCCCUGACAAAUGGAUCUCCAUCGGCCAGUGAAAUUUUUGACAAAUCUUGCGGCACGUCGUAGAAUUGGACCUAUCGUUCCCUUGAGACAUUUUAUUACAAUACUUUUCCCUCCUUGUAAAAUACACUUCCCUUCGUUGUCUUUAUCUACAGGUAUACAGGACACACGCGCACAGUUUUCAUUUUCAGGUAGACGCAUACAUAAUAUUUAUAUAUAUAUAUAUAUAUAUAUAUAUAUAUACAUAUUUAUAUAUCUAUUUUCCCAUAAAAUAAUAAUUAACAUGCUAGAUAAUAUUACGUAAAUAACAAUUUCAUUUAAGAUCGAUCGAGGAUGAAUCGCUUAAUAACAUGAACGAGAUUUAUAGAGCCUAUGAAUAGUUUGUAAACAAAACAUUUAUAAGAGAUUUAACAACAUCCUAUCUAUUUCUACUUAAGGCUUUCCCCAUGCCCUACGCCCCACCACAUUUUCUAAGAAAAUCUCCUACCCAUGGAACGUACAAGGGUUGUCGGGUAUAUAAGCGAACGAACAUUCCCUCUCGUUUUAAACGAUCUUGGUAAAUCUUCGAGCGAAGACCGUAGUAAGCAUCGUAGAACUCUUCAGCAGAUCGAUUUCUCAAUGACCAAAGUCAUUUUAUUUCGUCUUAGUGACUAUCAUCGCUUUAGAAAGUAUCAUUAGUGUUUUCAUAAGAGUACUUUCGGUGUGACCUCAGAUUAAUAAUCAUUAAGACCUCAAGGAGUGCUCUCCUCUCUAUUCUCUACGUAAAGAAAGACGAAAGACGAAUAACGAAAGACCCAAGAGAUGGAGACCAAGAUGGAAGAUUUGGCGAACGAGAUACAACCUUUAGACUUUCGAAACUAUUUGCCUUCUUUCGAAGGGAAAAAAGACUCCUCGUCCCCGACACAUCAGCCGCUCGACUUUCGAUCCCGUUUAUCGCUACGAAAUAGUUUAAAAGAACCAUCACCAUUGGAAGAGAAAGAACCGGUUUUAGAUUUGUCGUGCAAGAAAACUCUCAUAUUGACCACGUCCAGCGAAAAUGACGUUCGUGAAGUAACCCAAAAUAUGCUGGAGUCGUCAGCCGAAGCGAGACUAUCUACGGACGUGGUUAAAACUGAUAGGAGAACGGAUAGCAAAAGUCUCUUCGAAGUUCGCAGUUUCAUGGUGACGCCGCCAUCGGAAUCGGAAUCGCCGAAGAAAAUCAAGUUCAAAGAGGAUAGUGGUAGUGCGUCGAUGGUGGUCGACGAGAACGUCGACAGAUAUUCUCUUUUGCCGAUUAACGUGCCGAUAGUGCCACCGAUAUUACCAACCUUGCUCACGGCAAAUUCCAACGGGACGACAGAAAAAGUACGUGCGAAAAUUCAAUCGCCCACUACGACGACACCGACGAUGUCGACUAACGUCGUAUCGCCGGCGGAGACUCCGAGAAAAAUACCUAGGCCUUUUAAAGCUUAUCCUCUGGCUCUCACGGUGAACACACCGGACGUGAUUUAUAAUCAAAAUUCCAACGAAACAUAUUCAGAAUUUCGAAGUCGCAUGCUCGAAAACGUUAGACGUCAGAACGAAACGACGAAUCUUAAAAUGCGCAGAUCUAACAAAAAUACAACGAUAUUGCCGACGAGUACCGUCGAUGAGAAGGACGCUGCUUAUUGGGAGAGAAGAAAGAAAAAUAAUGAAGCAGCUAAACGAUCGAGAGAUGCUAGGAGAGCGAAAGAAGACGAGAUCGCGAUAAGAGCAGCUUUCCUUGAACAGGAAAAUAUUAGACUCAAGUACGAAUUGGCCGCGCUAAGGAACGAAACUGCUAAGCUCAAGUGUAUGAUAUACUCGACGUAGAACUUUUUAUCGAAUUUUGAUACAAAAAUAGUGUCGUUUUUUACAUUCUGUUGUCCCUUCAUUUCCAACUUAUCAAGGAAAUAGUCGACCAUUUUCUGUAUAUAUACAUAAUAUACAUAUACAUAUAUGCACACGUAUGCGUGUGUAUAUAUAUAUAUAUAUAUAU